AUGGCCGCAGCAACGAGGACUGAGAACCCAGACGAUGUAGCGAGCCGGGUCAUGAGGAGAGUCCAAGUCUCCAAGAUGACCCGAGCCCUCCAAGACCGACUCGCACUGGCCAAUGUCAAGAUACAGAAUGGAUGGGAGAACCUAAGCCUAGACGCUAUCGAGCCUCAAGUCGAGGAGCGUCUAAGGAGAAAGAGACCGGCUUCGAGCAACAAUGAUACCAUUUCCGAUACUGCCUCGACUGUCUCCAGCCGGUUACAUUCCAGCAACGGUCUAGCCUCUUCGCCGAUCACCGAGCCCAUGUUCUCCGACGACUUACCUCGAUCUGUUGGCAACACCAGACACAAGAGGAUAAAGCCUGCGGAAGCGCAAAGAUCCUUUGCAUCGUCGGGUGCUGUGACGGGUAGGAGGACAAGAGGAGCGGCUGCUCGCCAGAAUACAUGGAAGAAGGAGCAGAGUCUUGCACAAUCCUCGCCUAUCAAGCAGACCAAGCAUGCUCGCUUUGCUUCGAAUCAGACAUCACAACUAUCGUUCAUCUCGGAAGGCUCGACAAUUGCGGAUGACCCGCCAUCACCAGAGUUCAGCGAGGAAGACGAUGCAGAUCUACCGGUGCACAGCUUCAACAUCAAUCCUUCGACUCAGUUGACGUCUUCUCCUCCACGAACACCACCACCCGAUCGUCGUAUGAGGAAGAUCAACCAUGUGUCUUGGUCACGCACACCGAAGACUGGCGAUGACGGAGCAGACCUCCUCAUGUAUCUUGCUACCUCGCCGUCGCCAGCGAAUGGUGCAUCUCAUGCCAAGAGCAUCAUCCAGCCUCCUACUACCCCACCUAUGAAGUCGACACCUCUACCAUCCUCACAUAUGACACCUGGUACUACCGGCAAUGGCUUCCUCGGCUUCGGACCAAACACCCCAGGCACAAACUUCUGCUUUUCCGACUUCGUCAACAUUACACCCAGUCCAGCACAAGGGCCAUGGAGCCGGACACCGGUAGCAGGACGAACACCAGGCGCUUCAGCACGCCGCAAGCUGGACUUCAACAAUCUCAUGCCACCUUCCUCCAGCCCUACGAUGAACCGCAGCACUCCCCGCAACGGUCUGGGCAUGGAACUUGGCGGCGAACUUUUGCGCUGA